UCAAUGAGCCACAUUGUCGCGGGGCGAGGACCGCGGCGCGCGCUGCUGGGGGCUCCGCUCCGCACAUCCCCGCACAUCAUCCCCGCACAUCCCCGCGCAUCCCCGCGCCGCUCCGCGCCCCGCCAUGAUCGCCUCCCACCUGCUCGCCUACUUCUUCACUGAGCUCAACCAUGACCAGGCGCAGAAGAUCGACAAGUAUCUCUACCACAUGCGGCUCUCCGAGGAGACCCUUCAGGAGGUGUCCCAGCGUUUUGGGAAGGAGAUGGAGAAGGGUCUGGGAGCUGAAACCAACCCCACUGCCUCGGUGAAGAUGCUGCCCACCUUUGUGAGAUCCACUCCGGAUGGGACAGAGAAUGGGGACUUCUUGGCACUGGACCUUGGUGGCACCAAUUUCCGUGUGCUGAGGGUGAAGGUGUCUGACAAUGGCCUGCAGAAGGUGGAGAUGGAGAACCAGAUCUACGCCAUCCCUGAGGAACUCAUGCGAGGCAGUGGGGUGCAGCUCUUUGACCACAUCGCUGAGUGCUUGGCUAACUUCAUGGAGAAGCUGAAAAUCAAAGACAAGAAACUCCCCCUUGGGUUCACCUUCUCCUUCCCAUGCUACCAGACCAAGCUGGAUGAGAGCAUCCUCGUUAACUGGACGAAGGGCUUCAAAUGCAGCAGCGUGGAGGGGAAGGACGUGGUGUCGAUGCUGCGCAAGUCCAUCAAGAAGAGAGGGGACUUUGACAUUGACAUUGUGGCUGUGGUGAAUGACACUGUCGGGACCAUGAUGACCUGUGGCUACGAUGAUCAUCACUGUGAAGUUGGCCUCAUUGUUGGUACUGGUACCAACGCCUGCUACAUGGAGGAGAUGAGGCACAUUGACCUGGUGGAAGGGGAUGAAGGUCGGAUGUGCAUCAACAUGGAGUGGGGGGCCUUUGGUGACGAUGGUGUGCUCAACGACAUCCGGACGGAGUUUGACCGCGAGAUAGACAUGGGCUCACUCAACCCUGGCAAACAAUUGUUUGAGAAGAUGAUCAGUGGGAUGUACAUGGGAGAGCUGGUCAGGCUGAUCCUGGUGAAGAUGGCCAAGGAAGGGCUCUUGUUUGGAGGAAAGCUCACACCAGACCUGCUCACUACUGGCCACUUUGAGACCAGAUACGUCUCUGCUAUUGAGAAGGAGAAAGAAGGGCUGCAGAAAGCCCAGGAGAUCCUCAUCAAGCUGGGCCUGGAGCCAUCUCAUGAAGACUGUGUGGCCACCCACCGCAUCUGCCAGAUCGUCUCCACCCGCUCGGCCAACCUGUGCGGGGCCACGCUGGCCGCCGUGCUGCGCCGCAUCAAGGAGAACAAGGGGGUGGAGAGGCUGCGCUCCACGGUCGCCGUGGAUGGCUCUGUCUACAAGAAGCAUCCUCACUUUGCCCGGCGCCUCCACAAGACGGUGCGGAAGCUGCUGCCCGACUGCGAGAUCCGCUUCGUCAGGUCCGAGGAUGGGAGUGGCAAGGGGGCAGCCAUGGUGACAGCCGUGGCCUACAGACUGGCUGCCCAGCAUAAGGCACGGCAGAAGAUCUUGGAGGCCCUCAAGCUGAGCUAUGAGCAGCUCCUGGAAGUGAAGCAAAGGAUGAGGAUAGAGAUGGAGAGGGGGCUGGGCAAGGAGACGCACGCAGAGGCAACGGUGAAGAUGCUGCCCACCUACGUGUGCUCAACUCCUGAUGGGACAGAAAAGGGAGAUUUCCUUGCCCUGGACCUGGGAGGGACCAAUUUCCGGGUGCUGCUGGUGCGCGUGAGGAACGGGAUGAGGCGCGGCGUCGAGAUGCACAACAAGAUCUACUCCAUCCCGGUGGAGAUCAUGCAGGGGACAGGAGAGGAGCUCUUUGACCACAUCGUCCACUGCAUCUCCGACUUCCUGGAAUACAUGGGAAUGAAAGGCAUAUCACUCCCUCUUGGAUUCACGUUCUCCUUCCCUUGCCAGCAGACCAACCUGGAUGAGGGGAUUCUCCUGAAGUGGACAAAAGGUUUUAAGGCGACCGGCUGUGAAGGAGAAGAUGUGGUGAACCUGCUGAAGGAGGCGAUUCACAGGAGAGAGGAAUUUGACCUCGACGUGGUCGCGGUGGUAAAUGAUACAGUUGGCACCAUGAUGACCUGUGGGUACGAAGAUCCGUACUGUGAAGUUGGGCUGAUAGUUGGCACAGGCAGCAAUGCCUGUUACAUGGAGGAGAUGAGGAACGUGGAGCUGGUGGAAGGGGAGGAGGGCAGGAUGUGUGUCAACAUGGAGUGGGGGGCAUUUGGUGACAACGGGUGCUUGGAUGACGUCCGGACAGAGUUUGAUGUGGCAGUGGAUGAGCUGUCCCUCAACCCUGGGAAGCAAAGGUUUGAGAAGAUGAUCAGUGGGAUGUACCUGGGGGAGAUCGUCCGAAACAUCCUGAUGGAUUUCACCAAGCGAGGGCUGCUUUUCCGGGGACGGAUCUCAGAGAGGCUGAAGACCAGAGGGAUCUUUGAGACCAAGUUCCUGUCCCAGAUAGAAAGUGACUGCCUGGCCCUGCUCCAGGUCCGCUCCAUCCUCCAGCAUCUUGGCCUGGAGACCACUUGUGAUGACAGCAUCAUUGUGAAGGAGGUGUGCACGGUGGUGGCCCGGCGGGCAGCUCAGCUCUGCGGGGCUGGCAUGGCAGCUGUGGUGGACAAGAUCCGGGAGAACCGCGGGCUGGACUUCCUCAAGGUCACGGUCGGUGUGGAUGGGACACUCUACAAGCUACACCCUCACUUCUCCACCGUCAUGCACGAGACAGUGAGGGAAUUGUCUCCGAAGUGUGAAGUGACCUUCCUGCAGUCGGAGGACGGCAGCGGCAAGGGCGCGGCGCUGAUCACGGCGGUGGCCUGUCGGAUCCGGGAGGCUGGCCAGCGGUAGAGGGAGGAGGUUUGCCCAAGUGUUUGGUUUCAGCAAAACAGGACGUUUCCCCCCUCCCCCCCGGUCCUUCCCACCCUCCCUCAGUACACACACACACACAC